ACAUUGGUCGCUCCCCCGCGCCUCGUCCAAAGUGCCCGCCUACAACCACCAUGGAGGGCCCCGAGUCAUCCCAGGGUGCCCGCGACCCUGCCUCCGGCCCCCGACCUGCAGCGCCCCUCGGCGAAUUGAGCAAAGCACUGAGAGCGGGCACCGAUGCCAGUCCUGCAUCUCCAGCGCUUCUGAACGCUGCUUCUUCGAUAUCAAACGUCCAUCUGCCGCUCUUCAGUGCCCAGUACGCGCCUGCCAACGCCCCGCUUCCUCUGGAAGUGCCGCGCAUGCACAUAAGAGCUCCGAGUACGAACUGCACCGCGUCUCCCGCUUCACGAGGCCUGACUCUGGUUACCGACCUGCCACCGUCCACGACGUCGACCGCGCGCAAUACUCCCAGCAACACCACCGCCGCGCGCAUGGGCAGCGAAGGGCUGCGCCAGUUGGCCACCGCGCCGAUUAUGAUCGACGAAAAGUUCCUGAGGACUGCACGGUCUAGCAACAGCCUGGCAGGUUCGUUGUCGCCCUCGUCGGCCAUCUCCUCGCCGGCGCUGAACGCCCUCGGUGACCUCACUCCACUCCCUUCGCCGCUAGUCAUGGGUGAUUCUCCCGGGCCAUGGCAACGGGCAGUGCCGCGACCCCGAGGAGCGUCUACCAGCUCGCGCGACGACAUGUACCUCUCCUCUAACCGGGCCACGCUUUCGCCUUCGCCCUCGCUGAAGAAGAAGGGCUACCAGAGGCUCAAGACUGCCGGGGUGGAGGCCACAGAAGCACGCAUACAGGCGCACCAAAACAGCGAGACAGCUCGUGAGCGGAACCGGAGCAUCAGCGAGUAUACCCCAGAGUCCCUGCACAACCCCCGGCCCCGGAAUGUCACCGUUAGCAGCAGCACUGCAGACGGUGACGCAACCAUGCAGCAGCGCCUGCGCCGCGAGCAGUACCUCGCCUCGCAGCGUGGAAUCGUUCCUGCGCAAGUCCCCGCGGGUCUGCCUACGCCCCCUGCUAGCAAUGCCAGCAACCGAAGCGUCACCGACGAGGAAGACCACGUCGCGGAAGAUGACGAUACUAAGUAUAUUGCUGUUCGCCACGGCUCUCAGAUGAAGAGGAAGCUCUGGCGCCCCGUCCGGCAACUCGGUCAAGGCACAUUUAGCAAAGUCUAUCUGGCCACGUGCGAGAGGACUGCGGCCAAGGAUCCGCUGGACGAGAAAUCUCUAGACCUUCGCAAGCUCGUUGCUAUCAAGGUCGUCGAGCACGGUCCUGCUGGUGGCGCUGAUGAGGAACGCGUCGAGCUAAGUCUUAAAAGAGAAGUGGAGAUGCUCCGUUCCGUCUCGCACCCCUCCCUCGUUCACCUGCGAGCCUUUGAUCACAAUGAGGCCCAGGCUCUUCUGGUCUUGACUUAUUGCCCUGGUGGUGAUCUGUUUGAUGUGGCCAGCGACCACCGCGACAUUUUGAGCAUAGACAUCGUUCAACGUGUGUUCGCUGAAAUGGUCAGCGCGGCACGGUAUCUGCAUCAAAACUUAAUUGUGCACCGCGACAUCAAGCUAGAAAACGUUCUGCUCAACAUUCCUGUCUCUGCUGUACCCCUUCUCAAGAGUCCACAGUCUCACCCGUACCCCAUUGCGACACUUACAGAUCUGGGUCUCUCUCGUCGUAUACCCGCUCCUCCAGAGUCUCCUCUUUUGACAACUCGUUGUGGUAGUGAAGACUAUGCCGCACCAGAGAUCCUACUAGGCCAACCAUACGAUGGCCGCUCCACCGACGCUUGGGCUCUGGGUGUCUUAUUGUACGCUUUGAUGGAAGGGCGUCUGCCUUUCGACCCACCACCAGGCAAAGCCGGUGCGCGAACUAGGGCCGCUCAUCGCAUUGCCAGAUGCGAUUGGGUCUGGGUCAAAUAUGGUGACGAUGAUGGGGAGUGGGAUCCCGAGAAGGGCCAGCAAUGGGCCGGUGCUCGGGAAUGUGUGGAAGGUCUUCUCAAGAAGGUUUCUCGUGGACGCAAGAGCCUAGAGGAUAUCGAGAAGAUGGAUUGGGUGAAACAAGGCAUUCAAAUCGAAGGCGGUUUGAAGAGACGGGUUGAGGACGAUGAUGCGAACGACACAACGCCUGAAUUGCCUGUGAGGUAAUCGCUAGUGAGGCGAUCCAGGUAGCAUUGGCCUGCCCGAUGAAUACGAUGCGCGGCGACACUGUAACAUCACCUUUCUUAUACGUCCGUUCAUUUCAGAAGAGCUAGGGAUACACGGUAGGGGGGUCGUGACCACGACAUGAAGCAACGCCAAUAUACCCGGUCUAGGCGAUCCUACACCAAUGACUUCGAGGAUGCUCAACUUCCCAUUAUAUCACGCUCGAUUGUCUCUUCUUUUACCAUUUGAAUAUCCAGUACCUGCGCUAUUGCUUUUAUAUCAGCAGUCCAGCUGACGCGCUUUCCAGCGUAGUCUGCAUCUCCUAGCAUCUUCAUCUUACUCUAUCGCGAAACGUAACAUGGCAUGGCAUCAUGGCAUUAGAUAAAACCCAGGCUUGACGCAGUAUCUGCAGGCGCUUUUUUCUCGCUUUAUGAAUAGUUAUAUGGCACGAUUAUAGGUAGACAGGAGCCCACAAACCGUGAGACCCGA